AUGAUGCUAUUCGGAUUAGGCAGGCUAUUUUAUGUUAUUUUACUAUUAAUUAAUGCAGUUGCAGUGCUGAAUGAAGAGAGGUUCUUAAGAAGAAUUGGCUUAGGAAGGUCAAAUGAUGAGGCACCAGUUUUUGGUCAGGAUCAAAAUACCACCAAAUCCAAGGUAGUGCAACUGAUUGGUGCCGUACAGACUUUACUAAGGAUACCAUUAAUUGGAAUAAAUGUAUUAGUGAUCGUUUACGAAUUACUAUUGGGAUAA